AGUUACAUCACGCCGCUCAUGACGCGCACGUCUUCCUGUUUCCUUCAGCCGCGUCUUAAAGUGAAUCUUAGUGGCGGAGGAGCGCUCCAACAUCCAGUGCUCUGUAUCCAGUGCGCCUCGGAGACGCACACAUACACAGCCUCUCUCUCUCUCUCUCUCUCUCCCUCCCUCUCUCUCUCUCUCUCUCUAGCACUCUCUCUAUGUCUCUCACUCUUUUAGUCACAGCAGAGGAUACAGGGAGAGACCGACGCUCAAGAGCCUCUUUUCAUCUUCUCUAUUUUUUUCCCCGUUUUGUUGCUUUCGCUCGCGCCGCUGACUUUAUUCCAACUCUUUCUUCUCUGAGAAAAUAAUUAGGCUGUGUCCCAGCAUCCAGCGAUCCGCCGUGCUCUGUGUAUAUUCUCUGUUUUUUUUCCGCCGUAGGAGUUCAGGUUGUCCCCCUCUUCAUCUAAAGGAUACACAGAGGCUUUGAUCCUAGAGGACUGGGUUUGUGGGAUAUGGCCCAAUAGCAGCAACCCGUGAUGCCGGACCAUGACAGCGACUCCCUCCUGAACAGACAGACCAAGCGAAGACGUGUGGACAUUGGUGUUAAGCGGACCGUGGGCAGCACAGCCUCCUCCACAGUAGCAGCCACAACAGCAACCACUGAUAACAUAGCCCGCGCCAAAGCAGCCAUUUUCAGUGCCAUGAACUCUCUGAGCUCCCACACUCACCACGGAUCAGACACCGACUCCAUGGAGUGCUCUGUAGUGCAGCCACAUGGUGGGCCUGGCGUUAUAUCAGCCAGUGACAGUGAGUCCAAGUCCAAUGUACUCCGAAAGCUACUGAAGAGGGCCAACUCAUACGAGGACACCAUGAUGCCCUUCCCUGGCACCACCAUUAUCUCCCAGCUUCUCAAGAACAACAUGGCUAAAAAUGGAGGAGGACCCGAGAGGGGAGAAAGAGGGGACAGAGGUGAUAGAGGGGAUGCUGGCUUCCCCGGAUCAGGGCUUUCCAAUGCUAGUUCAGAUGCUCCCCAAGAGGAUGCAUGCAGUAACUCCUCCCAGGACAGCACCCCUCAAGAGUGCUUGUCCCCGUUUGGUCGUCCUCCUGGCCUGGCCACCUUUGACAUUGAACGUCUCAAUGAUGAACACCUGCGUGCCAAGCGAGCCCGUGUAGAGAAUAUUAUACGUGGUAUGAGCCACUCACCCAGUGUGGUGGUACCUGCUGCUUCCCGUCAUGAACGUGACCAUGAGAUGGAUGGAGAAAGGGAGAUAGAGUUGGACUGUCCACCCCCUCAGUCACAGCAGCAGGCCCCCAGCAGCCCACGGGGAGGUGAGGUGUGCAGCAGUAGCAGCCGAGAAAACAAGCGUAAGCAGCGUCUGCCUCAGCAGCAACAGCAGAGCUUCACCCAGCUGGUGUGCCAGAGGAAGGAGCAGAAACAGGAGGAGCGACGGCAACUAAAGCUGCAGCUGGAGGACAUGCAGAAACAGCUACGCCAGCUGCAAGAGAAGUUCUUUCAGAUCUAUGACUCAACUGACGACUCAGAACACAAUGACCUCAACAAUGAUCUCCACAAUGACAUAGGAAACAUGUCUGAGGACAGCCCAACCCGGUCUGACACAGGCGGUGAUGACCGGGGUGGAGAUGACUUGCGCUCUGACAAUGAGAUGUCAGACCUGGACCCGGGUCAUUUCCUGGACAGGGCACGGGCGUUGCUUCGGGAGCAGGCCCUGCUGGCAGACGGAGAGAAGCCAAGAAGAGAAGGGCUCGGCCGGAGCAAAGCACAGGGAGGUCCUGGAUCCUCCAUGCAUGCUGAAGGUAAACAGCUGGCAGAAACGCUGAAGCAGGAACUCAAUUCAGCCAUGACCCAGGUGGUAGACACAGUGGUAAAGGUGUUUGCCAAACCUCCACGCCCUACUCCCCAGCAGGCCUUCCCCCCACUUUCCAUACCUCCCGAAAGAUUUCCCAACGUUGUCAAUGGAGACAACCCCAACUUCCACACCGCCAACCAGAGGCUGCAGUGCUUCGGUGAUGUCAUCAUUCCCAAUCCACUAGACUCCUUUGCCAGCAUGCCCGGGAUGCCAGGCGGCACCAAUGACCAAACCGAGGCGCUGCCCCUAGUCGUGAGGAAGACACCCAGUGAGCACCACCACCAGUCCUCAGCUGUGGGUGCACAUGGUGGACACCACCAUCCCACCCUUCAUCCCUCCUCACUCUCUGCCUCCAUGGGCUUCAGCCCCCCAUCUUUUAGGCACCCUUUUCCACUGCCUCUCAUAGGCUACCCUUUCCAGAGUCCUCUUGGUGCGCCCACAGGUGGCUAUCCAGGAAAGGACCGUUCCUCACCAGACUCCAUGGACCUCUCCCGUGAGACCACCAGCCUGAGGACCAAGAUGACUUCAGGUCACCAGCUUGGGCACCACCAUCGCUCUUGUUCACCAGCACACCCUGGCAGCACAGCCGAGGGACUCUCCCUGUCCCUCAUCAAGUCUGAGUGCGGUGACCUCCAGGACAUGGCUGACAUCUCACCCUACUCGGGCAGCAAUAUCCAAGAGGGUCUCUCUCCCAAUCACCUGAAGAAAGCCAAGCUCAUGUUUUUCUACACCCGCUACCCAAGCUCUAAUAUGCUCAAGAUGUACUUCUCUGAUGUCAAGUUUAAUCGCUGCAUAACCUCCCAGCUCAUCAAGUGGUUCAGCAACUUCAGGGAGUUCUACUACAUCCAGAUGGAGAAGUUUGCCCGGCAGGCCAUCAAUGACGGAGUCACCGGAAGUGAGGAGAUGAGCGUCAGCCGCGACUGCGAGCUCUUCCGAGCCCUCAACAUGCACUACAACAAGGCCAAUGACUUCGAGGUCCCUGAUCGCUUCCUGGAGGUGGCCGAGGUCACACUGAGGGAGUUCUUCAACGCCAUCGUGGCCGGCAAAGAUGUGGACCCGUCCUGGAAGAAGGCCAUCUACAAGGUCAUCUGCAAACUGGACAGCGAAGUCCCUGAGGUCUUCAAGUCCCCCAACUGUCUCCAAGAGCUUCUACAUGAGUAAAUCUCUCCUCCUCUCGCUCCAUGCUUUGCGCUUUUUUCCUCCCUCUGAUUUCAUAGAAUUUCAGAACAAUAUUCUGUUUUGUUUUUUUUUUCCUUUCCCUCAACUUUACCUUUGAUUUCCUGUUUUUAUUUUAUUUUUUGAAUGUAUGAAAGUUAUGAAGUAGCAUUCCCAAUCUGAAGCCUCUGUGGCAGUUCCUAAAUGACCUAGCUAUUCUGUUGUUGUUCUUAUAUGAUAAUUAUCAUGAUGGUUAUAAUUUGUUUUGUUUUUCUAUGAUUCUGAACUCAAGAGACUCUAAUCUUGUUGGGUGUUUUUUUGGACCGUGUGAACUCUCACCCCUUUUGGCUUGUUUUAUGAUCAACACUAAGUCCUCAGUGUGUGGAAGAAGCUCCCGUUCAGAUGACUAAGAACAUAGGCUGGGUUCCCUAAAGAUUCAUAGCACCCAAGGGUAUCCCUCCAAUCCAGUGGGUUUCCAAACGAACUGUCCCUGCGAAGUGGGUGCCCAGACUGAAGAUGUCCCCAGCAGGGCAGUCUCACACACACAUGCACACAAAGACAAGGUCUAGUGAGGUUAUUGACUGGACUAAGACUGGACUUGUGGUAAUGGUCUGUACUAGUCUGUGGGACUUGGACUGGUUUCAGAUAUUAACUGAGGUCUACCAUGUUUUGAAGUGUGUUUUCCCUGCACGUAGGGCAUUGUGUUUAUUGGCUGUACAUUAUUUUGAUUAUUAUUAUUGUUGAUGUUUAUGAUUAUUAUUAUUUGUCAUCACUGCUUGCUGAAGGUUGGCACUUCGAGAUUUGUUUGUCCCUUGAUGCCAUUGCAGAAAAAAAUAAAUUAUUGCUAUCAAUAUUAUUCCACAAGAGUUUAGAUUCUGAAAUACUUUAACCCCAUUUCCCAUCGUUCUUCCUUACUACGUUUUUUUUUUUUUUUGUCCAUCCCUGAAGUGGACUUUAAUUUUGUUCUUUUUUUUUUGCCUGGAAAGUGUUUUGAACUUGGGGUUUUGAAUGGAGGGCCAUCAGAGUGGCUUCUCCAUACGCCUGCGGUCGCUAGCCUGUUCUGCACAGGAUCGGCCCGUCAAGGAAGCUGGAAAAGCAGUUAGGAUGCAGAAACACAUGAAGUGAACGGUGCAGAAGUAUAGAGUUAUGCAGAAGAAGCGUGGCCUUUUGGUGCGAUUUUGUUAACGGCUAAAUUUCCACAGCCUCUCCAGCUUUUAUAACUAAAGUCCUCCCACUAAAUGAGCCAUUUGUUCAGUCAUGAAAUAAAUCUUAUUCAUCUAAUUAUCUGGUGAACAUACACAAUAAUAAUCAUUUUUUGUCUUUUUAUAGCACUGUUCUCUGAAUCGCUCGUGUGUAAGAUGGAGUCGGCCUGUUUAUAUGGUAGGCUUUUAUUGUGGUCAGCCUAUACAAGGUGUAAAUUGUAUUAUGAAGUCAUCUCAAUAGCAGUUGAUACUUGAAUAUAUCAGAAUACUGUGGCAAUCUAAUGUACAGUGUCACUGAAACCAUAGAUAAUUGAAAACAUACAACAAACACAAGCAUCACAGAGAGGAAGAUAAUUCAAGGAGGGCAAAGAGAGAGGUGAAUAUAAGCUGAAACACAGGUUUUUAUUAAUUCUGCUUCAAGUGGAAGUUCCCCCGUGAACAUCACACAUUCAAACACACACACACACACACACACACACACACUGCUCCUUCCCUCCAUGUUCACCUGCCUAUGAGUGAUCUAGCUUCUCUCUCACUGCAACAAUACGAGGUCAGAGGUGAACACUCACCCCAGGGGUAGAUGGAGAAGCUCUCAGCGCCACAAAGAGCAGGGACAAAGGCUGAGAGCGAGGACCGACACACACCUGAAACCCUCUACUCUGUCCCUCCGUUCCCAAACUGGCGGCUUUCGAGACCCAAAGUGAGAUUCGGUUGAAGCCACCGUGUCCAGUUUGUUAAAUGUCAUUCCUUUCACUUUUAUCUGAGAUUUUAAUCCCAGAUUUUUUUAUUUCCACUGGAGUUGUACAUGUAUAUCUAGUGUUUUAUUAAUUUUAUCCACCCUCUCAGGCUUUUAAGAAUUUUAAGAAGCAGUUAGUUGCCUUUUUUGAUGAGGUAAGUUUGAGGCAAUGAGAGGAACUUGAAUGCUUUCUAGGGUGCGUGCAAGCUCAUUGUUGAUCUCACCUUGGCGACAUUAGCUUAGUGUGUCUGUGUGUGUGUGUGUGUCACAAAAGAUCAAAAGGGGCAGGUUGCUUAACCUGCUGACUUGUAGAAGCGAGACAAAGCACCUGACAAAAGGAGGCAGAGAAAGACGGGGAGCUACUCCCUUCAUUAUGUGCCCCCCCUCCUCCUCCCAGGACAGGGUUCUUAAGAUCUGGAGGCCUGAGAGAAUGAGUCGGACAUAUUUCUCACUGAAGGAUGGGCUAGGCUCUGCAUGUCUCAGAGUCUCAAAGCACCAGCCAAGGGCUCUAAAGCGUCACAAACAAAGGAGAAAGGAAAGGACACUUUUAUCUGAUGCACAGAUUACUAUCGCUCUCCACCCUCCCCCUUCCUGCAACCCCGCCCUAAAGUUAAAGAGUUCCUGCGCCUAAAAAGAUUAAUUCAGGAUAAUGAAGACUUAUGUGCAAAAAAAAAAAAGAAAAAAAAAUGAAAGAAAAAGGAUUAGCGAGAUCUUAAUACCGCUUUGAGAAUAUUUUUGUCAAGUUUUUGUUUUCUGGGGUUGUUGAUUUUAAGGAUAAAGUUAUUGAAAUAUAUAGCCUUUUUUAAGAAUUGUAAAAGACAAAUCUAUGGGAUAAAAAUAUAUACAGUAGUGGAAGUUCUUUGGAAGGCACUGUUAGACUUUGUUUGAUAAAAGAAAGCUUGAGGGUAUUUUUAGUGACGGCUUUGUUUAAAUCUGUAUUCUGAAUAAGUGAGCUGUUGGUAGACUAGGAGCAAUAGUUAGUAGGUUUUUAGCAGGGUUUGUGACCACUUUUCCUUUUGGUUUCUUUACUUUUUUUUGUAUUGUGCUGAAUGGCUGUCUUCUUAAGCUCAGAAAAAUAAACUUGGAGUAUGUUUUCAGAGUAUGAAAUAUUGUUGUUGCUACUGUAAAUACUGUCAGGAUGAAACAAAGAAUAGCUGUACAGUUUGGGAUUUUUUUGCUAUUAUCACUCAGAGUGGUAGAGAGGGGUGGGUUUUAAAAAAAAUAAAUAAAAGAAGGGUGGAAAAACAUAAGAGGGAUGACCUGCUCUCAACUGGACUCGUACCCGCUCUUCCAAAAAACCCACAGAGGACAGGAUUUUAUUUUUUUUGCCCCUUGCCAUGCCUUUAACGGGGGUCUGUUUACCGUCGGCAGUGCCCUUGAAGUUGCACCAGCAUCCGUUUCUUUAAUUUCUGCUGACAGAACGAUGCAUUAGGCUCGCCGUCGGGUAAUGAUGAUGUCACGGAUUGGCCCGGUCUUGUACAAAAAAAAAAAAAAAACAAGGGCAGGCUCCCGCGCCGACGUAGCUCUAGAUUUGACCCGGGAGAGACAGGAACUCAUUGUCGUCAGAAGAGUCGUGUCAAGGAGGGAACACGUGUUGUACAGUUUAUGAAGAGUCUGCAGAUGUGGGGACAAAAAAGUGAUUUAUACCCUUUUUUACUGGGUUCAAACAGUUGGGAAAAGUUUGGACUUUCUGUGGAAUUUCUUUAGGCUUUGCAUUGUGUGUGUGUGUGUGUGUGUGUGUGUGUGUGUACGUACAUGCAUAUGAGUGUGUGUCUGUGUGAGAGAAAAGACCGAUUAUGAGAACCUGUGAACCAGUGAGUGACACAAUUCUCAACACUGUGGCCCCUCCCCCACCCCUGGGAGUACCAUCCUGACAUGUAAAUGAUUCUCAUUAAGCGUUGGCAAUGUGUGUUUGGUGUGUGUGUGUGUGUGUGUGUGUGCGCGUUGUGAUAAUUUCCUCUGAUCUGUAUUCUGACCUGUUUGAAAGGGGUUUUUGUUUCUCAAUGCUUUCAGUAGUAAUUCUUUUUUUAUUAUUAUUACAUUGCUCCUCUUUUUUUUGUAAAUAUCAAUGAUGUGGACUUAAAGUGAUAAAUACUGCCUUUGUGUAACUUAGCAAUAUGUUAUGUAAAUAGUGUUUUGUUGAUGCUUUUUGUAUGACAUUAUUAUUCGAUUCUAGUGCAGUAAUUCCAACUGAAACAGCCAUGUUUCACAUACAGUCUGAUACACACAGGUUGUAAAGUCAAACUCAUGACAUGGCUGCUUUUUUUCUGUUAUUGGUGUCUAUUUGUCUUGCAGAUUUUGUGUAAUUUAUUGGUUUAAUUUAUCCUAAUUUAUUUGAUGUUAUUUUCUUUUGUUUUUCAAACAGGGAAGGCUGUACUGCAUUUAAUUGAGUAGAACCCCCUUGCAAGAUUUUAAUCCUUAUCUACCCAAAACUGAAUUUUAAAAAUUAGUAUUCUUGUGUGUUAAUUCAACUGAGAGAAAAGAUAAAAUGGAGAUCUUGGCAGCUAAAUGGAACAGGACAGUUUUCUUUAAGAAAAAAAAAAAAAAAGAAAAAGAAAAAGAAAAAAAAAAGGUUGUCAUAUUUUGUUCCAGGACAGAGCCGAUGGUGGGCUAAAAGCUGAAACUAGUCUGAAGCAGUUUUGUAUUUUCUCUUGAGAUUUUUUCCCCCCUUGUAUUACUUUGGCCCAGCCCAAAAACAACCAGUAGUCAAAUUGCCUUUCGUGCCUUCACCCUCUAUGGACUGAAUGUAUGUGCAGUAUAUAUGCAAGCUUGUGCAAAAUUAAUAAAAAAUGGAAAUAAAAAUGAAAAAGAGAGUA